AUGGAAUCAAAUCACAAAUCCGGGGAUGGAUUGACCGGCACACAGAAAGAAGCCGCCCUGCGUGCGUUAAUUCAGCGAACGGGAUAUAAUUUGAUCCAGGAAAAUGGGCAGAGGAAAUAUGGGGGCCCACCACCGGGCUGGGAUGGCCCUCCACCAGAGAGGGGCUGUGAGAUCUUCAUCGGGAAACUGCCCCGAGACCUCUUUGAGGAUGAACUCAUCCCCCUCUGUGAAAAGAUUGGCAAAAUCUAUGAGAUGAGGAUGAUGAUGGACUUCAAUGGCAACAACAGGGGCUAUGCCUUUGUGACCUUUUCCAAUAAACAGGAGGCCAAGAAUGCAAUCAAGACACUCAAUAAUUAUGAAAUCAGGAACGGGAGGCUCCUGGGGGUGUGCGCCAGCGUGGACAACUGCCGCCUGUUCGUGGGGGGCAUCCCCAAAACCAAGAAGAGGGAGGAGAUCCUGACGGAGAUGAAGAAGGUCACGGACGGCGUCGUGGACGUCAUCGUUUACCCCAGUGCGGCCGACAAAACCAAGAACAGGGGCUUUGCUUUCGUGGAGUACGAGAGCCACCGGGCAGCAGCCAUGGCCAGGAGGAAGCUGCUCCCAGGAAGGAUCCAGCUGUGGGGACACCCCAUCGCCGUGGACUGGGCAGAGCCGGAGGUGGAGGUGGAUGAGGACACCAUGUCCUCAGUGAAGAUCCUCUACGUGAGGAACCUCAUGCUCUCCACCACCGAGGAGACCAUCGAGAAGGAGUUCAACAGCAUCAAACCAGGUGCAGUGGAGAGAGUAAAGAAAAUUAGAGACUAUGCCUUUGUGCACUUUAAUAAAAGAGAACAUGCAGUGGAGGCCAUGAAAGCCUUGAAUGGGAAGGUGCUGGACGGGUCCCCGAUCGAGGUGACGCUGGCCAAGCCGGUGGACAAGGACAGCUACGUGAGGUACACGCGUGGCACGGGCGGCCGCGCCCCGGUGCUGCAGGGGGACUACACCUACACCCUGGGCCACCUGUACGACCCCGCCACCGCCUACCUGGGCACCCCGGUCUUCUACGCGCCCCAGGCCUACGCAGCCAUCCCCAACCUGCACUUCCCCACCGCCAAGGGGCUCGGCAACAGGAGCAUCCUCCGGCCCCCCUCCGUCCGAGAAAUUUACAUGAAUGUACCUGUAGGGGCUGCGGGCGUCCGAGGCCUGGGAGGCCGCGGCUACCUGGCGUUCCCGAGCCUGGGGCGCGGAUACCACCUCAAGGGAGACAAGAGGGGAGAGGAAAAGCUCUACGACCUGCUGCCAGGGAUGGAGCUCACCCCCAUGAACCACGUCACGCUAAAGCCCCAAGGGAUCAAACUCGCCCCUCAGAUCUUAGAAGAAAUCUGCCAGAAAAACAACUGGGGACAACCUGUGUACCAGCUCCACUCUGCCAUCGGCCAGGAUCAAAGACAGCUCUUCCUCUACAAAAUCACCAUCCCUGCCCUUGCCAGCCAGAACCCCACCAUACACCCCUUCACACCACCCAAGCUCAGCGCCUACAUCGACGAGGCCAAGACCUACGCGGCUGAGUACACCCUGCAGACCCUGGGCAUCCCCGUGGAGGGGGCAGAGGUGCCUCCUGCAGCGCCAGCUUUCCCAGGAUACACCAUUGCUAACGCAGCUGCCGCCGUCACAGCCACCCAGCUCAAGCAGGCGGUGACAAUGGGACAAGACCUGGCUGCGUACGCGACCUACGAGGCCUAUCCCGCCUUUGCCGUCGCCGCGCGGAGCGACGGCUACGGAGCCUUUUAACCCAACUCCCUCAAAGCCAGCGCGGGCAGGCAGGGAAAGGAAAACAACCUCAGUCUGGUAAUUCAACACCCUCACGAUUUUAAGCUAA